UAGUAAAUUAUAUGUGCUUAUUAUGUUUUCUAACAGAAGUCGUACCACAAACCGAGAACAAUUCGCUUUAAUGGCUGAACGGAUGAAGCUCAACGGGGGCAUUGCCAAAAGUAUGUCCAAUGAGCCACCAGAGGUAGUAUCCGUGUUCUGGACAUCACUUAGCACGGACUUAAAUGCGUUAGGACCUCCAACAAAGUCCCUUGCCGAGUGGAAAAAAGUAUGGUCAGAUUUUAAAUCCUCCAUAAAGAAAAAAUUGUCUAACAACCGAAUACAAAUGCGAGCAACAGGUGGAGGUCCAAAUAGGGAGGUACAAUUGACUGCUUUGGAAGAGGAAGUUGCGCAGCUGGUGAAUAUUUAUGACGCCGUUGCGGGAGUCUCCGGCAGGCACUGUGGUACGCCACAAGGCCCAUCUCGUGGUAGCCACACAGACAGCGCAGCUUCCGAGCCAUCUACCAGUGGUGCAGUAAACAGGGAAGAAGCUGAUAAUAUGGAAAAUGCUGAAAAUUCAAAUGGAAACAGUUCUUCACCUACGUCUCCGCAACCCCAACAGAGAGUGCCACAAAGGAGAACCCAAUUGACGCUCCUUAAAACUCAGUUGGAUAUGCAAAAAAAAUAUUACGACAACGUCGUAUGUAAUUUAAAAAGUCAAAAAAGAAAAAUGGAAGAUGUAGCAAAUAAUUUAAAAAAAAUGCAAAAAACAAUGAGCAGUCUCAACAACAACGUUGAGGGUAUGCGCUCCAUACUAGGGAACUUAGUUGCCGAGACAAAAAGACAUAAUUUGGUAACGGAACAAUUAUUGCGGCACAAGACCAAAGUUAAGGAGCAACUUUUAGAAUUGGAGAUACAGGGAGUGAAAAAUGCGCUAAAGAAGUAGUAGAUAUAGUUUAAGUUUAGCUAUGA